AUGCAAUUUGUUAAUCAUAGUCCAAGAGCUGAUAGAGCUAUAACAAACGCUGAUAUAACAUUGAGAGAGAACAAAAGACUGUUCAGUCCAAAGUCACUGGGCGCUACAUUGGAACAACAGAGAUCUCCAAAGAGAAAGUUAACAGAUGAUGCUGAUCAUAUGAAGAGAUCCAGAAGUGAUGAAUUGAAAAUAAAACACGACAAUGAUCUGUUACACUGUCAUGGUGAUGAUUGGCCUGUUUUCCUGCACCCAGAAGGUGGUUAUAUCCAACAAUCACCUUAUGGGAAUAUUCAUAUCAUUAAAGAUGCAAACUCUGAAAGAUCAUCAAUUGAUAAGACUAUAAAUUUAGAUACAUUUUCAACUAAAAUUCCACAAUCAAAACCAAUCCCAGAAACUCCAAAAAAGAAAUCAUCAGUUCCAUUAGCAUAUUCAAGAUUACCAUUACCUUACUCCCCAUCAAGUGAAGUUGAAAGUUACAUGGUUGAAGGAUAUCAACAAGAAUUAAAUAAAAGUUAUGAUGUUCAUAAAGAAGAUAUUGUUAAUGUUAAUUACAAUCUGUACGAUCAUCACAAUGAAGAUGCUCAUUUAAAUGAAGUCACAGGAGGUAGUUAUAAUGAAGAUUUUGAUAUGAUUUUAUGA